ACUAUGUUCACCAGCUUCAUGGAUGCUAUUCUCUGUUGCCUAACGGGCAAAUCUGCAAACGCUGUUGGACCUCUGGAGACGUCUGAGCCUGUAGGUGGUUUUGAGUUUGUGGAGGUGAAGCCUGGAAGGGUGCUACGCGUUCUCCACAUCGUACCUGAUCGGCCAAUGGUGGAGGAGAUGACGGCAGGGGAUGGGGCCAGCGUCAGCUGCAAGAGGCGGAUUACGGUUUUCCGCAACGGACAGCUGCUCAUAGAGAAUGUUGAAGCCAUGCCCCCAGAGACAGUACGUUGCCAGAAUGGAGACAGCAGUGCGGAGGCGGAGCCUCCAGAUGGCUGCGAGCCACCUGCAGUACCGGCUAUGAGUGAGCGGCAGCAGCGCACAUGGGGGAAGGCCAAGCACACUGUGCUGAUCGACCAUGAGCGCACAGUCACAUGCUGCAAAGAAACACACCCCGACGUGGCCUUGUACUUCAUCCAUGGGGUAGGGGGCUCUCUGGAUAUGUGGAGCCGCCAGCUAGACUACUUCUCCCAGCUUGGCUAUGAGGUCAUUGCCCUGGACCUUGCUGGCCACGGUGCCAGUUCCGCUCCCAGAGUCACAGCUGCAUAUACGUUUUAUGCCCUGGCUGAAGACAUAAGGAUAAUAUUCCAAACAUAUAAAAAACAGCGGAAUAUUCUCAUUGGGCAUUCAUAUGGUGCAUCAUUUUGUACCUUCCUGGCCCAUGAGUACCCAGAGCAAGUGCACAAAGUUGUGAUGAUUAAUGGUGGUGGUCCAACAGCUCUAGAGCCCAGCCUUUGUUCAGUCUUCAACCUGCCCACAUGUGUACUGCAUUGUAUGUCACCCUGCCUGUCUUGGAGCUUCCUCAUGGCUGGCUUUGCCAAUCAGGGGAAAGAGGAAAAGAAACUUCUAAAAGAGAAAAAUGUCUUCAGUGUGUCCUCUUUUGUGCUGCGAUCUAUGAUGAGUGGACAGUACUGGCCAGAGGGGGAUGAGGUCUACCAUGCUGAGCUCACUGUGCCAACUCUCCUGGUGCAUGGCAUGCAUGACAAGUUUGUGCCAGUCCAAGAGGACCAGCACAUGGCAGAGAUUCUACUUCUGGGCUUCCUGAAAGUCAUUGAUGAGGGAAGCCAUAUGGUGAUGAUGGAAUGCCCUGACAGAGUCAAUACUCUGCUGCAUGAAUUUUUCCUCUGGCAGCCAUCACCUCAGAUCCUAAACAAGAAGUAACUACUAGCAAAACCUCCAUAGAAACAAAAUUCUACCACUGCUUUCAAGAAAAAUGGAUAAACACUUGGUGGCAUAAAAGGUCUGCAAAGGAAACAGGAUCUUUCUCUUAGAACAAUGUUCAAUCACGGUACCAAAUAUUUUAAGGUAAUCUAUUACAGCUAAGAACAUUUCACCUGUUAUGUAUCCCUUUGAAAAUCUAAAGUACUUAAAUGAUGUAUUAAUCUUGUACAAUAGGAUAACAUUAACCCUAUGCAUGAACAUUAAGUUGGAAAAUGGCAAAUGAUGUCAAUGCCAAAGUUUCAACAUUUAAAGUGUUUGGAAGCACAAAUGGAUUUAAACAAAACCUGACAAAUUCCACGUGUUAGAAGUCACUUUUAUUUACAUCAAUCACUUUUUACUUCAGAGGAAUGAAGCGAGAGGAGUGGGUGGCCCCAAUACCAGGACGACCGUGCUUAACAGGCUUGUAUGUGAUUGAGAAUUCUCCAAGGUAGUGAC